UUAUUCGCAACAGCGGUCCAAAGCGCGCGCCCGUCGGUGGAGGAGAAGAGGACAGCAGGCGGCAGAAAGACAAAUAAAGAGCCGACAGACGUUUAUCCCGAAAACCUUCACACGAAAUCCAGCCGACAUGUCAGAGGAAAAGCCAAAGGAGGGAGUAAAAACUGAGAACGAUCACAUCAACCUCAAGGUUGCGGGUCAAGAUGGGUCAGUGGUCCAGUUCAAAAUAAAGAGACACACACCCCUCAGCAAAUUAAUGAAGGCGUACUGCGAACGACAGGGUCUUUCAAUAAGGCAGAUAAGGUUCAGGUUCGAUGGCCAACCUAUCAAUGAAACGGAUACACCUGCACAGCUGGAGAUGGAAGAUGAAGACACCAUAGACGUUUUCCAGCAGCAAACAGGCGGCCACUGCUAAGCCCCUCCCUCCUCAUCGACGGCCACCCUCAGACCACACCCUCUGCUCCCUUCACUGUCCCUCCCCUCCCCAUCGCUCCUUUCAGCCUAUUAUUAUUAUUAUUAUUAUUAUUAUUAUUAUUAUUAUUAUUAUUAUUAUUAUUAUUAUUAUUAUUUCUUCAGUUUAAACAUGUCUGUCAUGGUUUUGCGUCAGGUGUGGGGGGGCCUCCUCAGCUGUUUAUGUACUGUCUUUGCCAGGACUGAACUUUUUGUGCUCGUCAACAGUCUCUUUGCUGGCUUAUUCAGGACGUCAUUUUCUUCGUCCCCUCCUUUUGACACCGCAGGCUGCGAUUGGACCAAUAAUGCGUCACAGCAGUCCCUGGUUUCUCAGUGCUUCUCAUUCACUGUCAGCUCAAAGCUUAACACCCAGUAGUUUGUGUCACAGUUUUCCAUAUACGCAGGUCGAGGCUCUGCAGCAGGUUUUUUUUUUUUUUUGUCCAGGGGUCACUAGUCUCUGUCAUUCAUUCAAUGGGCAUGAAAUCAAUGUGGAAGCACUAUCUGAACUUACAAUACACAUCUGCCUUCCAUUUCACUUUGCUUUCUCAUGUGUUUUUCCGUCUGAACAGUGACUCCUGAUCUUGUGUCGAAAUGUAUUUUAAUUCUCUUUGCAUUUUAGGUGCUUUUGCUAAAGAGUUCUGCAAUGCUUUUUUUGUAUUUUUUUUUUUUUUUCCUUUUAAGAAUUAACACCCAGGGGGCUUGUUGAUUUAUUUUUUUUCUGUACAGACAUGUCAGAGUGGAUGUUAGAUAAAUUUUGUGGGGCUUGGACCAAUACUCCAAAGACUCAGCUUCUGUCGUAUUUAAAGGAUCACUCUCAAAGCAAAGGUUAAAACUGUCACAUUUAAGGGAGCAUGUGUUUCAUUCAUUAAAGUCCUCUUCUACUAAUUGAGAAGGACCCCUUUGUGGUAUCUGCAUUACAGACUAGUAUACACUCUACUUUUAAAAGUAGGGUGUGGGAAAUUUUCAUAGUUGCUGUCGAGGCUUAUCCUUAGUUAGUCGGUGGCUGUUUAAUGACAUUUCAUUGAGUGACUUUUUGCUUUACCCCAUUUUUCCAACAAAGCAGGUCAGUGGCCAGUCCCUGUGGUGUCCCAGCAACCUGUUCUGCUUGUAAAUUGUAAAUUGGGGAUAGUGAAAUAAUUACUGGAAGCUUGUUCCUUGACGUUGUUUUAGGGUUUGUUGUCUCCAUCGUUUUUGAGAAAAGGUAGUGGUUACAACUGAUCGUAAACAUACUUUGAACAAACCAGCUUCCAGUUUGGGCAAAAGAGCAGCCAACCAGUCAGUAUGCACACUCUCUGAAGACACUUUGAUGCAGUCUGACUUCAGUUAAAAGGAAGAAGGUGCAAGCCAUUUUUUUUUUCAUCAACAAAUAAUCUCAAGUGGUUCUUAGUGUCUUCAGUGUUUCCCAGUUCAGAAUGUGAUGCAUCUAGAUUUGUUGCAUAUCGUAUAGAAAGGCAGGGAGGCCAACCAUCGGCAUUUGGGAGAUAAGUGUUCUCUACCCACAGGCCCCGUUCUUCAUACGUGGAAAAGGAGUUUUUGGCUUGAUUAGAUUGUCGUAAAUGGGCUUGGAUCUUUUUUUCUUUUUUAAGCAGCAAGUCCUUAAGCUCAAAGCGGCACAAGUGCAAGCUUCGAGUGGGUUGGAUCAUAGCAGGUCUUUUCAAUCAUUUCUGAUAAGGCUGCACCUAAAUGGAACUCAUGUUUGGUUUGCUUCAAAGCAGUACAUGGUACAAAUUCAGAUUUAGCACACCCUGUAAGGUUGUAAUAUGGGCCUUGGUAAGAACCGCAGUGUGAUAAAUGAGUUGUUUUUUCAUGUUCCUCUUUCCCGUAAGAUCUUUGAAUUAUACUCCAGAGUUGUUGUAGUGUUGCUCAGCCACAGUAGAAAGGUGCUUAGUAGGUAAACUUUUAUAUUAGUUCUAUAUUGUAAAAACAAAUGCAAAUAUAUGGCUGAAAAAGUGUAACCCUUCUGCCAUCAGCUUCUCUAAAGUGGUCCCAGGGAAUAGAUCAGAAGACUCCCCACAUCUUGUCCUGUCCAGUCAUGACCAAAAACCAUUAAAAUCAUACUGUACAAAGACACACUCAAUCUGUUUUUACUCGAAUAAGAGCACAGUUAUCCAAUAUGAGCACGUCGGCCUCUUGGCAUGCAUUCUGAGUUGAAAAAUGUCUUCUGAGAUGGCUUACGUCACUCGCCUGGAUUUAACCACAUGUAACGUACGAAGAACGGGGCCCAGGUCUUACCAUGUUAUUUGUUUCUCUACUGAUUUGUACAUUAUUUGUGGUCUUUUACUACUGUAUACAAUAAAUAUAGUUUGGUACUCAGA